AUGUUAACCCCGAAUUCACCAUCCACGGCGCUCGCCGGUCGGCUACGGCACUCGCGAACAUACCGAUUUCGACCGCAGACGCCUCCUGGACUGCCCCCUAAGUUGGGGGACAGAAGACAUUUCCGACAAACCCCCCAAGCCUCUACCAUCUCCUCGCUUGGUGGGCCGGAUCACCUGCGGAAUGAAGGGCGGUGCCCCCUGCUUUGCGAUGGAAGCGGGGACGGCUGCGAGUCCCCCCGCCCGUGCCCCCACAACGACGCAGAAGGUAUGAAGUGCACGCACCGGUUCCGACCGCGGACGCCUCCAGGGCCGCCCCCUGAGCUAAGAGACCGAAGAUUCCCCCGACAAAUCCCCCAGGCCUUCACCAUCUUCUCGCCCGGUGGGCCGGGCCUCCUGCGGGAUUAUGGGCCGCGCCCCUCGCUCUGUGGUGGAAGCGAUGGCGGCUGCGAGCCUUCUCACUCGGGCUCCCAUUGCGAAGUGGACGGUACGGGGGUGGACGCCUCCGGCCCCUGUUACGACGCUGGCUCCGAAAACCCAAAUCAAGAUUACCAAUAUGAGACCCAAUCUAAGAAAAUAAGAAAAACGGACACAGGUUGCGACACAUCAUGUCGCGGGAGAGUCACAUUGACUCCCGCGAAUUUCAGGCGCGUGGUUGCCGGGCCGGCCCCCUACCCAGCGGCCGCGGCCACUUUGGCGGAAGUGACCGCUGGAUGGAGGUGCCGGCCUGAAAGCAUAGGCUUGCGAUCACGGCGCCGGACACACAUUUGGGCGCUGGGACCGCCCCGGCGCCCCGCGAUCGCGCUCAACCCUUCUUCUCAUCGGGUGCGGUCGCGGCGCGGCGGGGCGGACCCCAUACCCAGUGCCCACACACACACACACACACACACACGCACACUCUACUAA